AUGGCGACGUUUUCGGACGAGCAAUUCGCUAGAUUAUUAGCGGCACUCAAUCCACCGCCAGCACCAGGUUUCAUCAUCGAAGGCGAUAGUAUCAAGAAAAACCCAAAUAAAGUAAAGGCGAUCGUCGAUGCUCCGCGUCCGAGAAAUCCAGAUGAAAUUCAACAAUUCAUUGGACUAAUUACAUAUUACGCCCGUUUCAUUCCAAAUGCCAGUUCCAUUACAUACCCACUACGUAAAUUAACGUGCAAAGGGGUUCGUUUCCAUUGGUCAGCUGCGUGUGAAGCCGCCUUCAUAAAACUGAAGAAUAUUAUUGCCAGUGACCAGGUACUUGUUCAAUAUGAUCCAGAUCUUCCAGUCAUAGUAGCGUGUGAUGCCAGCCCUACCGGUAUUGGAGCGGUAUUAUCGCAUAUUAUCAACGGUGUCGAAAAGCCUGUCACGUUCGCUUCCAGAUCGCUGACCACAGCUGAAUCAAACUACAGCCAAUUGGACCGUGAAGCCCUUGCCAUUAUAUUCGCCGUAGAAAAGUUUUUCAUCUACUUAUAUGGCAGAAAGUUCACGCUGUACACCGAUAAUAAACCCCUAUCGAGAAUUUUCCACGAACACGCUAACCUACCUGCAAUGACAGCUGCCAGAUUGUUGCGUUACGCUGCUUAUUUGAGCAUGUUCGAUUACGAUAUUAAGUACCGCAAGAAGGAAGACAACGUAAAUGCUGAUUAUCUAUCCAGAGCUCCAUUAAACGAAGCACCAGAUGGCGUUAUCGCUGCGCUAGAAUGGGAAAUCGCCGAAUUACACGAAGAAACGCUACAUCAUAUCACUUCAACAGCAGUUACAAGUGCUAUGAUUGCUCAAGAAACCAGUACUGAUCCAGAGUUGUCGAAAUUAUUAGCCGAUCUUCGUUCAGGUGCAUGUGUCGACGAAACAUUCACCAUUUCAAACGGUAUCAUCUUACGUGGCGAUCGUGUUGUCAUUCCGAAGAAACUUCAACCUGCAAUUAUGAAUGAAUUGCAUAUGACCCACUUGGGUAUUGUCAAAAUGAAGCAGUUGGCGCGAAAUUACUGCUAUUGGUCCGGAAUUGACGCUGAUUUAGAACGUUUAGUAAAAUCCUGCGUUCAAUGUUCAGAAUACCAGAAACAACCAGCCAAGGUCAAAGUUCAUCACUGGGAAAUUCCUGAAAAUAAUUUUGAUCGAAUUCAUAUCGAUUUCGCCGGUCCCAGAAAAGGCUAUCAGUUUUUGAUUGUAGUCGACGCAAAAUCAAAAUGGCCAGAAAUCAAGAUUUUCAACAAAGAUCCAACGUCGUUGUCAACUAUGCUCGCACUCGAAGAAUUAUUCACAGUCCACGGUUAUCCGAAAAUUAUAGUGAGCGACAAUGCAUCAAUUUUCAAAAGCGACGAGUUCCAGAAAUACUGCGAAGAACGUGGUAUUUUUCAAAUGUUCACUGCUCCAGCGCAUCCGAGUACAAAUGGUCUUGCCGAACGGUACGUUCAAAUACUGAAAUCGAAACUCAACAAGAUGGACCACGAAAACUUAUCGAUUCAACUGCUGCUUAAUAAAAUUCUACUCCGUUUUCGUGCUACUCCCUUAUUGGAUGGGAAAAGUCCAGCAGAACGAUACCUCGGUCGACGUUUGCGAAUUAGGCUUGAUGCUAUCAAACCAAUCACCUUGAAACGUAAUCCAGUCUCUACAGAGAAAAUUCGCCGUUUCAACAUGGGUGAUCGUGUCAAUGUCGUAGUUCAAACCAUACUUGGAAAACCAGUUUGGAAAUUCGGUACAGUUCAAUCCUGUUUGGGUCGACUCCAUUAUCAAGUUCGAUUAGAUAAUGGGAAAAUUAUCAAAAAACACGUCGACCAACUGAAAUCUACCUGUAUACCAGAAAAAAUUUGUCCAGAGCCAGUUUCUCCAGUUCAACAACGUAAGGUUACGUUUAAUAUUCCUACAGAACGUGUCGAAAAUCAAAUUCUACCCGAGGAGAGAGUGGCAACUCCUCCACCAGUUCUUCAGCCUGAGCCUGCUCAGGCCCCAGCUCCAGUUCCAGCCAGACCCAGGCGUUCGGUGAAGAAGCCUGGAUGGCUCCAAAAUUUCGUGUAA